AUGAAGUUCGGCAAAUACCUGCUGGAGAAGUCCCGGGAGGAGUGGGCUGGGGAGUACGUGGACUACAAGGCCUUGAAGGACCUCAUCAAGAUCAGCGCUGCGGACUAUGAGUCGCGGGUCCAGAACCGGCGCGACUCUGCGGAGGAGGACUUCUUCAAGUGCCUGGACAGCGAGGUGGAGAAGGUGGGCCGCUUCACUGCCCAGCUGGUGGCCAAGCUGCGUGAGAGGCUGGAGCAUGUGAGGGCCGCGGCCGCCGAUGUCAAGCCGGAGGACGCCGAAGCGCUGCUGGAGGACGCCAAGAAUGUCGGCGACGAGUUCCUGCAGCUUGAAAAGUACGUCAACCUGAAUUACAUGGGCUUCCACAAGAUCCUGAAGAAGCACGACAAGAUGCUGCCGGCCUCCCCCUGCCGCCAGUUCUACAUUGCCCACCUGCACAACCAGCCCUGGGUUCAGGGCAACUACUCGGACCUCCUGUUCGUCCUUUCCAACGUCUACUCCAAGCUGCGGGGCGACAAGAGCGCCACCGUGGUGUCCGACCCCGGCGUCACCCAGGGCGUGCGCUGCGUCACCACCAAGUUCUGGGUGCGGAUGAGCGACGUGAGCACGGUGAAGCACCACCUGCUGCAGCACCUGCCUGUGUACCAGGUCUCCCCCGCCGACUUCUCUGGUGACGCGGAGCUGGUGAACCAGGUGUACCUGGACAACAGCUCGCUUGAGCUGUACCACUGCCGCCUGGACAAGCGGCCCAAUGCCAUGGCGCUGCGCCUGCGCUGGCAGGGCGGCGCGGGGCCGACGCUGGUGCACGUCGACCGCAAGACGCACAAGGAGAGCUGGCAGGGGGAGGAGAGUGAGGCGGCCAGCAUCGUGCUGCCGGAGGAACGCGUGAUCCCCUUUGACCCCUCGGUCUCUGUCAAUCUGGACACCACCAUCUGCAUGAUGAAGGAGAACUCGGAGGACGGGCCCACCUGCUCGGCCGCAGGCCGCUGGUACCGCGACCCCACGCUGCCCGUGGCGCGCACCGAGAUCACGCGCUUCCCGCACGCCGUGCUGGAGAUCAAGCUGACGCUGGCGGGAGGGGACGCGCCCCCUCCCUGGGUCUCCGAGCUCACCGAUUCGGGCCUGCUGACGGAGGUGUCCAAGUUCUCAAAGUACAUCCAGGGCGUGGCCACGCUCUUCGCCGACAUGGUCCAGGCGGUGCCGUACUGGGUGGACGACGAGGUGGUGCGUGCCUCGAUGCUGCUGUCGGCCCCGGAGCUGCCCGCCGAGGUGCACCCCACCGCGCGCGACCUGAAGAUGGGCAAGCGCAGCAAGUCGCGCAUGCAGGGCGCCGACAUGGCGGGCCCCGGCGGCGGCGCGAGCGCGGAGCGCGAGCUGCGCCACCCGUUGCUCGGCGACGCCCCCACGCUGCGCCUGAUGCCCGGCGGGUCGGGGCGGCGUCUCGACGAGCCCGAGCCCUCUGGCCUGCUGGACUGGUGGUUCCGCAAGCCGCCCAUGGCGGAGCACAAGGCGCUGCCCCCCGGCACGCUGCCGGAGAGGAUGGAGCCCAAGACCUACUUUGCCAAUGAGCGCACCUUCCUCGCCUGGCUGCACAUGGCGGUGACCAUCGGGUCCAUCGCCACCGCCCUGCUGGGGUACUCGGGAGCCACGCAGAGCAGGAAGCACCCCGAGGAGGCUGCGCCCCAGUCCGUCCAGCUCAUCGCCAUCAUCCUCCUGCCGGUGGCCCUGCUCAUGGGCCCCCGCGCCCUGGCUUGGCUGGUGGUGGCGGCCCUCGGCGCCAUCAUGACCCUGGGCAUCGUCGACCUGGCUGCACAGGUGGAGGAUCGCUCGGGGUUCGUGUCGAAUUGCGCGGAGGACCCCGUCCGGAGGUCCCGCCUGGCGCCAUGA